CCACACACACACACACACACGCAUACUACAGCGUUGUCUCCAUGCAAGGUUUGUUUGGACAACGAAUGAAUGUGAAAUUCCGCUGAGACCCGGAACAGUCAAAGUAUGGUGACUUCAGUUUUACUCCUAUGGAGUCGGAUUAAAGCGACACGUUGACGGGAAAGUGGUUUGAGACGGGUUUGUGUCAGUUAGUUAGAGGAGGAGAAAGAAGGUUGAGGACAGGUUUCCCGGUUGUAACGUUGCGGAGUUGCUAAUAGUACGCUAGGCUCCGAGUUGUCCAGCCAGCUUCGUUAGCUUAGCCGGCUAGCAAGCUAACAAGGUGAUGUAGCAGCGGUACACUCAAUGGAAUGCGGUGGGAGCUUGCGUGGAGGGCUUUAGGUUUGUUUAAAUUUUCAUUUUAGCUCAGACUUUGUGUGGAAUGUUGUGAUAGCCGAUGCGAAGUAGUGAGGGCUUUGACAAGGGGUAGUGACAGACGAGGAGGUGACAGUGGGGUUGGGGUGCUCAGGUAGUUAUGAGCAGUUCCAAUUUUACAACCAAAACCUCCUCUUGUAGCUCUUCUUUGGGCACCGACGGGAAAGGCUCACCGGUCAGCGUUAACACUACCAACAACAACAAGGAGUGGGGUUUGGGAAGCGAUGCGUUUUCGUGCUAUCACAAGAUGAGUCCCAUGGACGACACGAUGCAGGCUGGGAUGUCCUCGGUCCAGUCGGGACUGGACGGACACCUGCCGCUUCUACACGCCGGACACCACGGCGCCCAGAGCGGGUUGUUGUUGGACCUGAACUCCCCGGGAGCCUACCUCGCCAGCAGCUCUCUGGAGUACAGCGACAACGAUGGCAACAGCGCUGGUCCGCUGUUCGAGAGGAGAAAGAGGUCGAGGUCCAACAGCUCCAGACACCGCUUCAACGAGGUGGUCACGGAGCUCGGACCCGAGGAGGUGCGAUGGUUCUACAAAGAGGACAAGAAGACUUGGAAGCCAUUUGUCGGACAUGAUUCGCUUAAAAUUGAGCUUAUGUUUCGGAAAUACAACGAGCUGAACCCUGGUGCUGCAAGAUCCCGGGUCAGCGGCGGGGAGGAAGAGUGCACCAAUAACCGUGUGGAGAGCAGAGGGCUGAACGGUGCAGUGCCAGUGGAAACCAGGACCAGCAGUGUGCACGGAGGCCGGGGGUCCCUGGACACAUCCACCGUGUCCUCAGAUGAGAGGGACCCUGACAGCAUUGAAAUCUAUGUUGAGCCCGUGUGUGUCCGGGGAGGGCUCUAUGAGGUGGAUAUUAAAGAGAGGGAAUGCUAUCCCGUUUACUGGAAACAACAAGACCAUAUUUCCGUGAUGAGAGGCCAGUGGUUUAUUGACGGUACCUGGCUCCCGUUAGAGGAAGAUGAGAGUGACCUCAUCGAGCAGGAGCACCUGAACCAUUUCCGUGGGCAACAGAUGCAAGACACAUUCGAGACGGAUUUGGUGGUCAGGACUGUCGAUAGCAAAGAUGCCAUCCACAGUCUGAAGCUGAGUCGGACCCAUGUGGACUGGCACAGCGUGGAUGAGGUCUACCUCUACAGCGAUGCCACCACUUCCAAAAUUGCUCGCACCGUCACCCAGAAACUGGGCUUCUCCAAAGCCUCUAGCAGUGGCACACGGCUCCAUCGGGGUUAUGUUGAGGAGGCCUCACCUGAGGACAGACCCCCUCAGACUACACACAUUGUCUUUGUGGUCCACGGGAUUGGACAGAAGAUGGACCAGGGACGCAUUAUUAAAAACACUGGAAUGCUGAGGGAGGGCGUAAGGAAGAUGGAGGAGAAGCAUUUUUCAGAGAACACAGAGGAGCAUGUGGAGUUCCUGCCUGUUGAGUGGCGCUCCAAACUCGCCCUGGAUGGAGAUACGGUAGACUCGAUCACACCAGACAAAGUGAGAGGACUGAGAGAUCUCCUCAACAGUAGUGCUAUGGACAUCAUGUACUACAACAGCCCCCUUUACAGGGACGAGAUCACCAAGGGCCUAACUCAGGAGUUAAACAGACUGUACACGCUUUUCUGCUCCCGAAAUCCUGAGUUUGAGGAGAGGGGAGGAAAAGUGUCCAUAGUGUCUCACUCCCUCGGCUGCGUCAUCACCUACGACAUCAUGACAGGGUGGGAUCCUGUGCGCUUCUGCCUACAGGAGCAUCGUGCUGUGGAAGAGGAGCUGGACCUGCACUGGAUGUCCUACGAAGAGAGGCACCUUUUAGACCAGCUACGGCUCACAAGGAAUAGGUUGCGAGAGCUGGAAAAUCAACUCCUCGCACUGGAGGCCUCUAAACCCUCAGCACCCCCAGCCCUCAAAUUUAAGGUGGAUAACUUUUUCUGCAUGGGUUCUCCUCUGGCGGUGUUCUUGGCCCUGAGAGGCAUCCGACCUGGCACCAGCUGCCACCAGGACCACAUCCUGCCCACCUCCAUCUGCAACAGGCUCUUCAAUGUCUUCCAUCCCACAGACCCUGUGGCCUACAGACUGGAGCCCCUCAUCCUCAAACAUUACAACAACAUUGCACCUGUUCAGAUACACUGGUGUAGCGCCACAAACCCCACGCCCUACAAUGAGAUCCGGCCAACGUUCCUCAACCCCGUCAAAGACCCAGCAUCUGACACUGAGAGCAUCCCCAGCCCGAGCACCUCUCCUGUCCUCCCCCGCAGGCACUAUGGAGAAUCCAUCACCAGUCUGGGCAAAGCCAGCAUACUGGGAGCGGCGAGCAUAGGGAAAGGUAUCGGAGGCAUCCUCUUCUCACGUUUCUCCCGCUCCAACAGCCAGCCUUCAGUGUCUUUAGGACUCGAGGGAGGGGCAAACACUGAGGAAGAGGAGCAGAAGCGGGCUGAAAGCCAGUCAGCAUAUGGCCUCUCCACCAUGGCUCGGCCCACAUCACCCACUACUGACACAUCAUUGGAGCUGGAGCGUCGCAUUGACUUUGAGCUCCGUGAAGGUAUGGUGGAGAGUCGCUAUUGGUCAGCAGUUACCUCACACACAGGCUACUGGUGCUCACAUGAUAUAGCACUCUUCCUGUUGACCUUCAUUUACAAGCAGAAGACUCCCUCUGACCCAGCACAAGAUACUGCAGAGCCAGACUGAGAAAGCACAUUCAUCACAACAUACACAUCUGAAUGGUGUCUUAUAACCCUGAAAGGGUUUUUCCAUCUUCUUGACAAAAAUAGUCUUCGUUCAUCUAAUUCCCAUGCGCACAGACUGAUUAAAUACACUAAUCCCUUUCCUUUAUCUUUGUUUGAUCCAGCUUUUUUUAACAUUUGGGAAUCGUCACUGACAAACUGACAUCAUUCCAAGAUGCACGUUUUUGUCUCUUUUUGUUUAGUUUGUACACAAUUGUGCACCCUAAGGGUGACAGUGUUGGACCAGGAACCCCUAAGGAGGUGCACCCCUUUGCCAGUAUGACCAUGAGUUACACGUAAAUGUGGAAUAAGAGUCUAAUGAGUUUGGUGCAUUGGAGUUUGUUGCGCCCAGUGAAACAGAGUUCUAACUUUAUCCCCAAGUCUUCAAACUUAAUCAACAGCUGCAGCCUGUUGUUAAAGUGUCCAUAUGUUUCCUGUUAAUUAAUGCUUCUAUCCAGCCUCCUUCCCAGUGACUCAUUCUGGAGCCUUGUGACACAUUUGCCUGACCCUCGGUCUCUGAGACUUUAAUUUCUGUGAUCUUUUGAAGUUCAUCGACGUGAAGGAGAGACAAAUAUAAAUGCUAAAAAUAGUAAUUUGUGUCUCUGAAAUAAACCUUUGGCUACUACAUCCCAGAAGCGUAAUGCUGACAAGCAAAUGCAAUGCCUUUCAAAAUUAGCCAAACGAUGUUACACAUGAAGAAUAUUUCUGUUUAGUUUUUCUGAACAAAAACGUAGGGCAUUAUCCCUUUAACAGUGUUUUGGAAG